GUAUAAGUUCUAUGAUAAAACCGUAGCGCUGAGCAUCUCCCUAUUCAUCUCUGGUUGUGCAUCUCCCUACUCAUCUCUGUUACAAUAGCACGUCAAAAAGACUUCACUAGAUUUAGUUUAUGAUAAAACUUGUUUUCGUUUGCAUUCAAUGAAUGAUGUUGAUAAGCGGGGCGACCGUAACCUAGGGGUCCAUUGGAAAUGUUACUCAGGGUAAUUCGGGCACGUUGCGUCUCUUUUUAUUAUCGUUAUUAUGAAGAGGAUAGAAUGAUACUAGAGUCGACUCUAGAGAGGUUUUUGAAUGUACGUCAGUGAUUAUGGUGGCAGAUUCACGACCAGAAGGUUCAAAGUUCGCGGCCAAGUUCCCAGCGACAUUCACCAAUAAGUUUUCAUAUUGGGUUUCAUAAGAAAAUUUAAGUGUCCCCGUUGGGGGUAUAAGCAUAUAGAAAAGGAAGGACUCUUCAUCUGAGUGUUGGCAUCUUUCUCAUAGUAGUAUGAACCAGCAAAGAAUCAAUGGAAUGAAUUGCAAUCAAUUCAGAAGUGCAACUGACUUUGUAAUGAGUGGGCCUGGUCCACAAGGAGCUACUCACAGCCCAGGUGUACCAAAUAGAGUUCCACCACCCUUGCCGCCACGAAGGACAAUACAAAGUUUACAACCGUACAGUAAUUAUGGACCAUUAGGAUCAAGUUUUGGAUAUGGAAAUAAUUGGAAUUAUAGAGGAUAUGGUGGAUAUGGGAGAAAUGGACCUUAUCCUGGUAUAUCAUCUUAUAAUGACUAUGGUCAAUUUGGUGGACCUAGUGGAGAUGUAGAAAGUAGGUUUGUUCAGUUUGCUGAGGAGAGUACCCGUCCAGCAUUUCAUUCAAUAGAAACUAUGAUCUCUACAUUCUCCUCUGUUACCAUGAUGUUAGAAUCAACGUUUUUUGCUAUGACAAGUUCGUUUAGAGCGAUAUUAAGUGUGGCUGAUAAUAUAGGAAAAUUACGCUCAAGCUUUGGUCAGUUUCUUAGCGUAUUUGCAUUGAUACGCUUUAUGAAAUGGUUAUGGUGGAAGAUCAUGUAUUCGCUAGGUUUACGCGCAAAUGAUCCGAAUAUCGAAGUUGUGUGGCAAAAGACUGCACUAGAAGUAAUCAAUGGGGAGAGGACAGGACCUUCUAAUUGGCCAAUUUUUAUGUUUCUUAGUCUCUUAUUUGCUAUUCCUUAUCUAAUUCAUAAACUAGUAAAUAAAUCACAACAAACUAAAAUUAAUCCUAAUAAUCCAAAUGAAUGGAUGCAAUGCAAUGAGCCAAUAUACACUGCAAUAGCCUCGUACGAUUUUAAUGCCUCAUCCAAUGAUGAACUUAAUUUGAAAUGUGGUAAAAAAGUAUGGGUAGCUCCAAAAUCUCUACAACCAAGGGAUUCUCCUGGCUGGUGGAGAGUGACUGAUAGUAUAAACGUUGGACUUGUUCCCGCAUCGUAUCUGACUCUUGCUGGUCAACUGAAGAAAAAAACAGAAUCAAAUGAAACACAUGUUUCUACGCCAAAUACGAAAGAUGAUACCACUUUACAAGACACUAAUAAGAAUGAAAAAGCUGAGUCAGAAUCUAAAAUGACAUCCGAUUUUCAAAAUUUUGAACAAGAAUUCAAUGCAGAGGAAAAGCUAGAAUUUUAAAUAGUCUAGGAAUCUCUGUGUUUGACUACAUUCACAAGAUGAUCUACUCAAAUAAAUCUAUGGAAUAAAUCACCAGAUUGUCUUAUAAGUUAAUUUUACAUUCGAAAACUUGAGUUACAAAAUGCAUAUUAUUAUUAAAGUUACUCAUCUAUAAUUGUCUGAAAAGUUUUUAUUCCUAUAUAAGUUGUUAAUGAAAUGAAUCGUUUUUAUAUAAUA